AGCAGGGCCCCGCCACUUGGAGGCAUGCCGCAUGACAGGAGCGGAUCCGUCGUGAUGAUCGAUCUGUGACUUGUGCAUGACGAGGAUAAUAAGGGAGCGGUAUCGUGUCGGGCGCCCUCCUACACACAAUAAAGCCGUGGCCCAACCUUCUUUUCCCCUACACCUGCUAUUGUCCAACCCUUUAAAGCCCAGCACGUCCUUGAUCUGAGACUGGUGUUUCUAAGAUUCUUUGAAUAGGCUCCAGACCGCUGAAUAACGGGCGAUACAUCACCGCCUGUUUACAGUGUAGAUUCACCACACCACCUCACUUCGUCUUGCCCUUAAAAGUCGGGCCCAAUCUUCUGCUGCAUUCAUUCUUCCCUCCCUACCAGCUUGAAUUACCGCAUCGCUCGGGGCACACGUACAGGCCCAAGCCGUUUUCAAUAUUCAACAACGAACCCGCGUUCUUUGCCUUGGGUCUGUACAUACUGAGUCGGCAUUAUGUCUCGUGCCACGGCACCAACUGGCGCGAAGACGCGCCUCAUGAGCGAGAUGAAGGCGCUGCGGACAGAGAGGUGGAUCAAUUUUGAAGACGACGAACAAGAUAACAUCCUCAAGUGGCGCUUCGCGCUGAUGGUUAUCAACUCGGACAGCGUGUUCAACGGUGGCUACUUCAGAGCCCAGAUGGACUUCACCGACGAGUAUCCCUAUCAACCGCCCAAGUUCCGCUUCUUGAUCCCCAUCAACCAUCCCAAUAUCUACCCAGACGGCCAGCUCUGCAUUUCAAUCCUGCACAAGCCCGGCGAGGACGUAUUGUCUGGCGAGGAUGCGAGCGAGCGGUGGUCCCCGCUGCAGGGCGUUGAGAGCGUGCUCCGCUCCGUCCUCCUGCUACUCGACGAUCCCGAAAUCAACUCGCCGGCCAACGUGGACGCCGGCGUCAUGUACCGCGACCGCCGCGAUGAAUACAACCAAAAGGCACGCGAAGCUGUCGAGCGGUCCAAGAAGGACAUCCCCGCUGGAUUCGAGAUGCCGACGACUUUCGAUGCGCCGCCCCCUGUCAGGACCGAGAACGACGACGACUUCUGGGCGGAGAGCGAAGGGGAGUUCGACUUUGGCGGCAGCGAUACCGGCGAUGAUGACCAUGAGGACCACGAAAUGGAGGAUUUUGAGGAUGGAGAAGGCGAAGAGGACGAGGAGCUGGAAGGCAGCGACGACGAGGAGGUUGAUGAGGAUGAUGAUGAUGAUGAUGAUGAUGAUGAUGAUGAUGAUGAUGGUGAUGAUGAUGACCGUCAUUGAGGGGCUCCUCGCCUGCUGAUUCUCGUGGCACUGACACGCUGUGUCAUUGGAUGCUUCCGUCUCUUCUACAUCUCUUUUUCUUAAUAUGUUCUCUAUUUUCUCUUCUCUCCCGGGUCGUUUCCUAUGGUUAUCUGGGAACAUGCAUAGCGCGGAGGGAUUACCACAGGUGGGGCGUUCUAUGGUUUGAUCUCCAGAAACGGGAAUUUGCUUUGUAUCUACCUGAAGCUCGCGCCUCGUACUCAGGGAUGGGUUUUACUGGUAAUACUACAUCACGAUGGGAGUACAUACUAGUAAAUCACUUAUUUAUGGAGGAAGCUCGCAUCUCUCCCGUCUGCUUAAGUGUCCAGGAAGGAGGUUCACAUUGGGGGCCAACCUUCGCGACUUUUGACAGUAC